GAAAAAUGAAUUUUAGCAGUAGAAAUAGACGCAGUAUUCGAAUUACGGCUAAAACAGAGAAUUUUGAAAAAUAUAAUCGUUUACUAUUUUAUACAACUCCACCAAAUGAAGAAAUUGCAUUAGAAGAGUUUGAAAGAUUUGCAAUUGACAGAUUAAAAGUUUUGAGAGAAGUAGAAAAUGUUAACAUCAGAUUUAAACGUGGAACUGCAGAUUAUGAAGAAAAAAUGAGAAAAAUUUUGAAGGACUUUAUGCCUCACUAUUUUGAUACAUUUAGUGGUGAUUCAUCAUUGAUAGUCAGACAAGAUAAACUUGAAGAAGAACGAAAACAAUUAGAAUACUCAAUUGCAGAAUGUCGGAAAGAUAGCAUUUCACAUUUUAUAUUACGGUUGGCAUUUUCAAGAAGUGAAGAUUUGAGAAGAUGGUUCCUUACACAAGAAAUGGAUUUAUUUAGAUUUCGAUUUCAAUUAGAAAGCAAUGAAAAUAUAAAUUCUUUUCUCAAGCAAAACAAACUACUAUUUGAUCCAAUUGAUAAAGAGACGAAAAUGAAAAUCAAAGAAAAACUUAGAGAUUCUAUGUUUAAUGUUGAAUUGCAUCAUGUUAUGGAUACAGAGUUUUAUAAGGUACCUUUUACUGAUGUUUUGGAUCUCGUUCGCAGCAGAAAAGUUUUUAUUUGCAAAGGUUUUGCUUAUGUUCCGCAGCAAGAGUUGGUUUCAAUUAUUAUUGGAAUAUACCGAACACAGCUCUCACUUGCUCUUGCAAUCACAUCUAGAAAACUUCCUUAUUUAGAAGAAGAUACACGUUUGUUACCUAUCCUUAAGAAUUUGAGUAAUACUUAUGUUGGGGAAAGUUUCGAUGCUAAAAAAACUUCAGAUGGUGAAAAGUUGGAGUUAGCCUCAAUUGAUGAGAGUUCAAAGAUUUCUUUUCCUUUGUGCAUGAGAAACCUUCAUGAAGGACUACGAAAAGAGCAUCAUCUAAAGCAUAAUGGAAGAUUACAGUUAGGUUUGUUUGUUAAGGCAGCUGGGUUAACCUUAGAUGAAGCUUUGCAAUACUGGAGGACUGAAUUCACAAAGAACAUGGAUGUUGAAAAAUUUGAGAAACAGUAUGCAUAUAAUAUUCGUCAUAGUUAUGGUAAAGAAGGCAAACGAGCCAAUUAUACCCCUUACAGUUGUCUGAAAAUUAUAACAUCCAACCCUCCUGGUGCAGGAGAUUAUCAUGGUUGUCCUUUUAAAUACAGUGAUGCAGACAUACUUCAAAGAAGACUUCAAACAUACAAGAUUCCAAACGAUGCAGUAAAUGAGAUCAUUGAUCUUGUGAAACAUCAGCAUUAUCAAAUUGCUUGCGCAAAAUAUUUUGAAGUCACUCACAAGUCAGGAGAGGGAACGGCAACCAUUAAUCAUCCAAAUCAGUAUUUUGUUGAAAGUAAAAGAUUUCUUAAUGGUGGAAUAAAAACAAGCACACAACUCAAACCCAAGAUAGAAUCGAAAGAUUCGGUGGUCAGUUCUAAAUCAUUGAGUGUUUCAAAUUUUGAAAAUAAAAGUAAAGAUGAUGAAUAUGGUUUAGAUGAUGAUAUGGACAUAUUAUAAUCAUUAUAAUGAUUUGAACAUGUUUUGUAAUAUUUGAACUUUCAACAAGAAUUUAGGAACUUUGAACUUUUCAAAACGUUGAUGAGGAUUUUAUUUGAAAAAGUACAAAAAUAGACAAAGUUAUUACAAAUAGCAAAUACCAGUUUACUUGCUUUAUUUAAAUAGUCUUAUUUAAAUAAAAUAGUUCACUUAAUUAAAUUUUAGCAAUA